CUCUUUUCCCCUCCCUCACGUACCCUCCUGUCUCUCCCUUGCUCACUCCCUCUCCUUGCCUCGCCUCGCCCUCCGUCACUCCGAGCGGAAGCACACACACAAAAACCAGGAAGCAUCACUUCAUCCACUUCUACCUCUACGGACUCCAGUGGCUUCACUUUCCUACACAGAUUUUCUGCCAUUUUAUUUUUUCACGAUGAUUCAUUUAUCAGUUUUGCACCUGUCAUCAAAACCACCAUUUGUUCUGAGGCUUUUUUACAAGAGAAGGCUGAUUCCUGCCUUUGUCUGCUAAAGUUUUCAGAAACAUAUGUCUUUAGUUUUUGUUACCAAGGAGAAUUUUUGGCCUUAAAGUGUUUCCUCUACUUUUGCAUAGACUUUUUUUCUGCUGUUAGUUAUUAUCACAUAGCCUAGCUGUUUCUUUUUUUCAGUUCAUCUUUCUACCUCUGUCUUACUGUGCCUCUAUUUCCUUUCUGGCAGAUACACCUGUAUGACAUCAUUUUACUUUUCUAUCUCAGGUGUUUUUCCUGUUUUCUUUAUGGGCACAAACUGAGAAUACACAACAGUUUUCCUCUGUUUUACUCCUAUCUUUUUCAAUUGCUAAAAUUGUACCAUCCCUGUCGAGGGCAAAGCACAAAUCAAGCGUUGCUGCCAAACAGAAUCCCACUGAGCUGUCUUAGUGUUUUCCUUUUUUGUUACAUCAUGUGGUCUACCUUUUUUGUGACCGACGAGGAGGGUCGCACGGUGGGUCCAGCCGUGCCGGGAACGGUGGUUGCACCAGGAGGAGCACCCCAGGCUGCCGGAGGUCUGGCAAGCCUCAUGACUGGACGCAGUACCUUUGGAGGGAACAAGCGCCGCAGGACGACGUCAACGGGACACGCCAUGAGCGAGGCCCAGGAAGGAAAGAUCAAGUUGGCAUUCUUCGUGGCCAUCGUGGGCGUAGUCCUGACAGUCCUUGGUGUGGGGACAGAGUUCUGGGUGGAGCUGGCAGCUCCUAAGAGUUUCUACAACAACCAGACAUGUCUGGCAGCUCACUACGGCCUGUGGAAGGGCUGCACCAAGACCUUGUGGGUGGCUGAUAUCGACCCAGAGAGAGAGAGCUGUGGACCCGCUGAACUACCUGGAGAAUCAAACUGCACCUACUUCAAGUUUUUCACCACGGGGGAAAAUGCUGUGCUGUUUCAGAAGACAACGCAGAAGAAUCUGAAUAUAGCAGCAGCCAUGUUGGCCCUGUUCAGUUUGUUCCUGAUGGUGAUGGGCGCCAUAUGCAUCACCAUGUCUCUCAGUAAAGAGAUCCUGUUCUUCCUCAAGCCAGCGUCCAUCUGCUUUAUUCUGUCAGGUUUCCUGGUGCUUCUCUCUCUCCUUGUUUUCCACCAGUCCGUCCUGGCCUUCUUGGCCAGCGACCACACGGUUCCCCUCCACCACGAGCUCUCCUGGUCGGUGUCGUGUAUCGGCUGUGCGGGCGCUGUCCUCAUCGUGGGUGGGAUCCUGUUCCUGCUGCUGGCGCUGCCCUACAGCCCCUGGCAGAGGUGUCUCCCUCAGAAGGACAGCAGCAGCUAGUGGCCCGGAGGUGGAGUUGCACUUUAUCUGCCCUGUCUGUUUGGGAGGAGCGAGGGUGCAGAGGGGCGUGGGUGUUUCCCAACGAUGUCUUAGAAAGAGAAAGCUUUAUCUGUGAACUUACAGGAAUCACAAGCAUGUUCAUGGGAGAGUGAUGAGAGAUUUACUGACAUGCACUGAGCACUUAACUUGUUGUCUUACAAUAUCACAAUAUUAUUGUUUAGUAUGAAAAAUCCUUUUUUUUCUAGCUAGUCAUUCUGGAUACCUGUACCCAUUGAUCUGCAACCCAAUCAGCAGAAUAAUUGUUAGCAUUUUAUGUUUCUGACAAGCAGGAGUACAUUUUAUUGUACAUUAUUAUGUUGAAACUUUAUAUUUCAACACUGCUUAGGUUAAUGUCUGGUUCAGUUUAGGCACAAAACCACUUGGUUAUGGUUAGGAAGAUCAUGUUUGGGAACUGGAAGACUGGAAUCGCAGAUAUGUUUCAGAGAAAAAAACAAUCGCUGUUGUGGCACCAUCGUGUCUGGAAAUGCAGCAAUGUCUUGGUAAAAAAAACAAAAAAAACUUUUUCGUGCACUAUCCCUGUUGGAAACACAAGGAUGGGUCACAUAAAAAACAACCAUGUUUGGUGGCUAAAAAACCACUGGUCUUAAACAGUGGUCUGCAGCUUUGCAGGCAUCUGGUCCAGGUGCCACACAAAUGUAUCCAUGGUUUGCAGAAACGUACCACAACAACAUUUUCUUUUGGUGACUAGGCUAUGAUUUGACAUAAUUUUGCUGACAUUCAUAUUGUUCAGCAUGGAGACAUUUGGGUACUAAAAGCUACAGUACCAGGUUACAGUGAAGUAUUCAUUUUGAUGUUAUAAAAUGGCUUUCUUUAUGCUCAGAUGUGGUUGGGAAACAGCCCUGUAUUGUCUUACUAAUCAUCCUGCAGGGUUCGGAGGCAAUUUACUGUUAGUUCAUUCAAUAAAUUAACCAGUCCUUAGCAUAAUGCUAACUUAAAAAUAAAAAAAAUACUACCAGUAGCUAAAUUAUUUCUUUGACAUUACCAUAUUGUCUGGCAGUAAUUAACAAAAAAUAUUGUUUUAAAGAAUAUAGCAGAGUACAAAGUAAACAGUUUGAGUCAACAGUAUGAAAGUUACUCAUUGGCUGCAAGCUAGCAAACAUGUUCGGCUAACCUUAAUGCUAACAUGUUUAUGAAGCAUGUCAUAAUGAUGGAUAUUACAAUCUUUGCUAUUUGAUUCAUCUACCCUUAUUUAAAGGGGACUUAAACUGCCUGGACAUGGUUCACAAUAUGGAGGUGGCUGAGUUGGAGGCUAGUAGCUAACAGUGCUAACUCCAUAAACAGCUCAAAACACAACACAUUCUCACGCCAACCUCAUCACAUAUUUUCAUGUGGCCAUGGACUUUCCAUGUUCAGAUAGAACCUGAAAGGUACCCCAGCUAUGUUGGUUGUUAACGUUCUGGGACACCAUGUCAAGUUCUGCCUGUUACAUGCAUUGUCUUCUUUCAAAAUACACUUCUGUUUUCACAGGAAGUUUACUGUUCACACACUGUUCACAAUGGUCUCCUGCAACUCCUUCUUCUCCUUCAACAACAAACAUGCGUGAUUUGGUUUAGGAAAAAAUAAGAGGUUUGGUUUUAUAAUCUUAUGGGACAUGAACACCACUCUCCCGGGUGUAAGUUGGUGUUUGUUGGACCCAUCCACCACACCUCCCACCCACACCAGUUGGACUUUUGCCGCCUUAACUUUCAUUGUUCUACCACUUUACCCCUGACACCGCGUAUCAUGCCGAUGUAUAAGGACUGCAUUUUUGUGUUGGACACUAGAAGUAACUGCCCAAGCACCAGACUUCAAAGACUUUGGAGUGAGACCAGGUUGCUUAACAACAGCAACAGUGCUGCUGACAGAGCUAACAGUGUUACCUGGGGGAAGCGGAAGGUGGGCGCUAUGCUUCUGCAAAUAUACCCUCCAGAUAUCAGCAGUAACCACGUAUAAGAAGGAUGUAAAGCAGUGGCGAUGAACUAGCCAGUGGGAUGCACACAUGCACUAAUGCGCAGCUAGACAGGCUUAUCACAACAAACCACAGAGAGGCUCGGAUUAUGAAACACAGAGGGAGUGUGACUCUCUGCAUUCUCAGGAUGCCAUCGCAUGUAGGACUUUUCAAGAGUCUUUCUGUUGUAAUGCUGGUAAUUAUAAACCAUUAACUAAUUAACCUUAAACCUUAAUUAAAAAAAAUACACUGAAUGAACAGAACAGUUUAACCUCCAGUCUGAAAACCUCUUUGAAGGUUUUUCUCAGUUAUGUGUGAAAAAAAGCAGUUAUUAUAUUUGUCUUGUCUGCAGAGCCACCUUUCUACUUUCUAUGUUGAAUGUUGUUUUGCUGUUCUUCAAUUAACAUUGAAAGACAUUAAUUAGAAAUACAUUACCUGUAUUGUCAUGUGACAGGGCUCUAAUUUCAUAAUUGUACACAUACAUACAUCGUUUUCAUUUAUCAUCUAUAAUCAUUAAUUUCAGGAUAUAUAUAUGUCAUCUCUGUGUAUGGUCAUUGUGAUGAGCAACUUGUCUUUUUUAUCAUUAUCAGAUUUCUCAUGCAUUGUAUAGUAAGCACAAUGUACCCUGUAAGAAGAGAACAUAUGCAGGUAGGUGCUACACUUUGUAAACUGUUUGGCAAGCAGAAACAAGGAGAACACAUUGUAAAGAUUUAUGUUGGAGUAGAAGGUACACAGUGUUAACUCAGCUAAAAGUGUGAGACGCUGCCAUGUUUUUACCUCCAGUGUUUUUCUUGGGUGAUUGAUGUUACUACAAAGUGCUUCUCUGUGCCUGAAUGGAAGGUGAGCUGUCUCUGCAACCUUUUCUGAUCUGAAUCGAUUGAGUAUGAAUGACUUCAUUUUAUUAUUAAACAUGACAUGAAUAUUUAAUACCAUCCUCUCUCAGGUUUCAUUUCUCGCUUCUAGUCUGCACUCUCCACACGUUCUCAGCUUACAGUCGCUGCCUCCUCGAUAGCUGUUUUUAUGGACCCACUUUACACCUCUGUGAUAAAAAUGACUGGGCUAACUGGCUACACAUUUGAUAGUUCCUCUUUGGGUGUCUGCUAAAAUGUCAUCAAUUUUAAAUUAAAAAAAAACUUACAUGAUAAUGAUAAUACAUGAUAAAGUACAAUGAAAUACUUGAAGUCUCAACCAUUAGUCAUCAUUUAGAACAGUUUGCAUAAUAUGUGAAUGAAAUAUCCACAAAUCUCUGCUGAACUCCUGAAAAGUCCCAUAGCAGUUUUGACAGAUGCUCAUAUUCAAGCUCUACAUGAACUCUUUGGUGAACAUCUCUAGAUCCUGAGUCCCCUUUCAGCCCAUGUAACAUAAUGGCUGUUGUGCAGGUUUUUAUAACAGCAAGGGCAGGAAGCCAAAUUAAAUGGACUACAGGUGGCAAAUUAGGUUGCAGAUGUGCAAUUAAUCCUUAACAGAUGAUAUGAUAGUGGAGAUGCUGUGUUAAACUUGAAUCUUUUUACAGCUUUUAAGUUUUGGCAAAAACAGCAUGGUGCAUUUCCAUUUAGAUGUAGCCACUAUGAUCCAUGAAAACAGCCCAGUCGCUGGAAGAAAAUGUUGGCAUUGCACCUACUGGAGGGGUCGUGGGACUUUCCACAUCCAGUCUUCAUGUGCUUUGUGGACUUGAAGAAGGCUCCCCUACGGGGAAUCUUGUAGGGGUACUGCUGGUGCACAGGUCACCGGUUUCACCGCUAAGAGCCAUCCGGUCCUUUUGUAACCAAAGUAAGUCUAACACGUUCCGGGUGGGUGUUGGCCUCUGCCAGGGUUGUCCCUUUUCAUCGAGGUUUGGUGACCUAAGAAUUCCAUCUCUGUUUUUCUCGCAGAUGAUGUGGUUCUGUUCCACGGCAUCUGCAGUGGUGCGGACGCUGUGCCGGACUGUCCUGGUAAAGAGAGAACUGAGCUGCAGCACUUUGCUCAGCCUGCUGCCCCCGCAACCCAGCUUUGGAAAAGUGGUUAAAAUGUAUGGAUAGAUGGAUGUACCUUUAUGCAAAAUACAGAUACAUUACAACUGUAUGUUUCAUACAGGGAUGGUGGCUGGCAUUGCACCUGGGCAAGACGCCUGCAUUUCCAGUGGCUUUUUAGCCACCUCAUGUGGGUGUUUUUUAGCAGGCUGCUCUCAUGCACUGUUUGUAGAUAUACAAAUGAAAAGGAAUGCACCACAAUUUGUAUAAAACCCACUUAGUCAUGACCCAGUAAUUUGUGUAUAUCCAUAUGAUCGUGAAGGCUGCGAUCCCAUGACAAAUGAGCUUAUAGGAGUGGAGAAGGAAGUAGUAUAAAGGCUGAGAGUCCAUGUUAGGAGGUAGGUUGGAGUGGUGGAUCGGCCAGACAACAUAGAAUGUGACACUUAAUUUUUUUUAAUGGACGUUGUUCCUUUUCCUAAUCCUAACCUGUGACUUUACAUUAAGUACACAAUUUUAUGUUACAUGUAAGUGUAUCAUUUGUGGGCAGCUUAUGUGGUAUGUAUCAUAUUAACUGUUGUAUGAGGAUGAGUGACCCAUCGCUGUGUUUCCAGCCAGGAUAUUGACACAAAAACAUGAAGAUAUUGCUAUGUUUCCAGUGUGGAUUGUCCCACCAUAAUUGAGUAUUUUAAGCUAAAAGGAGUAUUUUUCUGAACCAUAACCAAGUGAUUUUUGCGCCAUGCAACAUACAAAUGUAACAUAUCAGUGAUUUGCAGAAACGUACAACACAAUUGUUUUCUGGUCAUUGCAUUGUUGUAAAGUAUGUCUUUAAAGAAAUGUAAUGGAAAAAAUGCCCAACUGAGUCCCACUGACUCUGUGCUGGUCAGGCUUUGGAGCACAUUCAGUGUUUACAAUAUCUGUUUUCUUUGUAAUAAAUCAAUAGACAGGCUAAAUGAAACAAGAAAACAAACCAGUUGUGAACUCAUCCUACUUCUUCUUCUUUGUCACACUGGGAUUAAAAAUGUAAACUCGCUUUCACACUUAACCUUUAUGGUUCAGUCAUAACAAACUCAGGUCCAUUUGCGUGGUUAGUACGGUUUGUUUGGGCUGGUGUGAAAACUGUCAAUCAAACCCUGGUGUGGACCAAACAACUGAAUCAAGACUGCUUAAAAAGGUGGGUUCCGGUCUGCUUCCAACAUACUCUGAUGCAGUUCUUUUAUGGUGUGAAAGAAAAUGAACCAACCACAGAAUUUUAUCACAGCAGAUAUGUAAUUUUAGCAGGAUUUCAACAGCUAAACCAAAAAUAAAUCCAUCUGCUGAUGGUGAAAUCUGUCCAUGAUCUCAUAAUUGAUCCUGAUAAAGGCCACGAAUAUCCCAUAACCUAUUUAUGCUAAUGCAAACAUGUAACCAUGGUAACAUAUGCAUGUCAGUGUGGGUAUUUCCUCUGAUUAUAAAGCUAUUAAAACUGCCAUCGUUGUAUCUGACUCUGUGUUCUUUGACUAAGUCCAUUAAAAAGUGUGUGACAGUGAUCCCACAGUAUUAAACCUGAAUCAUUACUGUACAA